AUGGAUGAUCAGCGGGGGUCUAGAACUGCCCCCUUCUACGCAGUGCCAUCCCGUCGCCUCGUCAGCGUCGAGCACCCUGCCGUGAUCCGCAAUGUCGACAAGGCGAUCGAGACCUUACAAGGCGAUGCCGGAAUAAAAGCAAUUCUCAACCCGGCCACAGACGGCACACUAGCUAAUCUGGUGUUGCGGCCAGAAGAUGCCAUGGCUCGAUCGGUGCAGUCAACAAGCAUCCAAUCAAACAAUGUUUUGCUCAAAAUUACUGUCCCCAAGCGGACAGGACGGAAGCGCAAGAGAGGCUCGAACGAGCCUUUCGCAGACGCACCGGAGUCAGAAGCAACUGACGCACCCCGGCGACGGACCGCUAAGGAUCUCCUGCGCAGUCUGAGUGAUAACCCUUCUAAGUACCAGAUUGAGCCGGUCGGGAGGGUUGAACUAACACAUGUGUUUCGGGGAAUACCUGAUUUCGUUUACUCGACCACGGCCAGUUCAUUUACUAACCGGUUCCGAGACCAAAUUCUCCCUUUUGACUUCGACAAGAUGAAGCAAUUUGACAUCGACAUGGCCAAAGGCGCCGCCGAGAAUGCAGAUCUGAUCCCGCCACCAUCAUUUAGCCACGGAGACGUCCCCUUCCACUACGUCUAUCGGCAAAACCCGACAGUAAAACAAGCAAUCGGCAGCUCCGGCAAACUAGAAACAGUGAACACGCAAACCGCCAACAAAAUCCUAACCCACCUAGUCCCCUACGACAUACCCGAAGUGCCAUCCGAGCCGCGCGCGGACAUGCUCCCAAUAAGCGCACUAGACGCAGGCAUGCUCCGCACAAUCGCGACGCUAAACGCCCUCUACGAAAAACAGCCCGCCUGGACACGUCGCGGACUACGCAACAACCUAACAACCGACGAAGACCGUCUGAACCUCCGCCACGCAAUUCCAUACGUGGGCUACAUCUUCCGAUCCGGGCCAUGGCGCGAUGCGAUCAUCAAGCUCGGCCUCGACCCACGCACCUCACCAGAGUACCGACAUUACCAAACCUUUAUGUUCCGACUUCUAGCACGGGAAGCGGAGGUUGCGCGAGACGGAGGCGGCGGACGACGCCACAAUGUGCCACGACCGAGCGACCAGCGCAUGGGCGAGGACGAAGCCGCCAGCGGGCCAUCGACGGGCCAUAUUUUCACCGGCAAGCAGCCGUUCGCGCAAGACGGACGGAUCUGGAUGGUGGGCGAGAUCAAGGACGAGCAACUGCAGGCUGAGCUGUAUCCUCCUGAUGCGGGGCCUGGGUUCCUGCGCAGCGAGUGCGAUAUUGUGACCGAUGGAUGGUUUGGGAAUGGCACGCUUGCGAAGGUGAAGACGGUUAUGCGACAUAAGAUCCAGGCGUUGAUGGAAGGGCGGGAGCCGGUUGAUGAGGAUUAUACGAAAAUUAUGCAGCUCCCUGCGCAUGCGCGGUCUGAGGCUGAUUUCCCGUUGUUCACGCUUGAUCCCGAGGUUGCGACGCAGAAGGAGAUUAGUCUUGCUACGGAGGUUCGGGCGGUUAUCCGGGGUUCGCCGGUUUGGAGGAAUUUGUCAGCUAAUGCUGGGUUGGUUAGGAGGGAGAUUGGGGAGGGGAGGGGGAAGGUCAAGGGAAAGCAGGCUGUGAAGGGGAAGAGUGCUGAGCCGGAACCGGAGCCGGAACCGGAGCCUGAGAAGGUCGACGAGGAGAGUGAAGGUGAAGAGGAAGAAAUUCAGAGGAGGGAGAUGCUGGCUGCUCAGGUUGCGGAUGCUGCUGCGGCGAGAGAUGCCGAUGAAGCUGAUGAUGACGACGAGGCGGACGGUGACGGUGAUGGGGACGAUAGUGAUGAUAUGGAUGAAGACGACGACGAGUAA